CAUCACUCAACAGUAAUUUCGUAAAUUCUGCAUCACUAAAUGCAUAGAUAUGUCACUGCUGUACAUCUUUUUAAAACUCACCCUGUGUGGGAUCUAUGCCGAUGCUCAAGUGGAUGGUGAUGGAUCCCUCACGGCCCAGGAGCAGAUCUACCUUCUCUACGAAGUCAAACUCCAGUGUCAGCACAACAUUUCAGCGCACAACCCCGCCGAUGAUGUCUGUCCUCCCAGCUGGGAUGGAGUCAUCUGUUGGCCUCAAGGCGUCCCGGGGUCGGUCACCAAAAUCCCGUGCCCCAGCUAUGUGUACGACUUCAACCAUAACGGAUUCGCCUACAGGAAGUGUGAUAACAAUGGCUCCUGGCUCUUCGCGGAGGCUUUGAAUAGGACUUGGUUCAACUACUCUGACUGCUGGAGGUUUCUUCAGCCUGGCAACGAAUGGGGCAAAAGGGACUUCUUUGAUCGGCUGUAUGUGAUGUACACAGUGGGCUACGCUGUGUCCUUCACCUCCCUACUCAUCGCCAUCUUCAUCAUCGCCUACUUCAGGCGUCUGCACUGCACCAGGAACUACAUCCACAUGCACCUGUUUGUGUCCUUCAUGCUGCGGGCGGCGAGCAUCUUCAUCAAGGACGGCGUGGUGCACACCAACGUGGGGCUGCCGGAGCUGGACACCGGCCUGCUGGACCUCAAGACCAUCUCCAUGCUGCCCCUGGACCAGUCGCAGUAUACGGGGUGUAAGAUCACGGUCCUGCUCUUCAUCUACUUCCUGACGACCAACUACUACUGGAUCCUGGUGGAGGGGCUCUACCUGCACUGCCUCAUCUUCAUGGCCUUCAUCUCCGACUCCAAGUACCUGUGGGGCUUCACCCUCAUUGGAUGGGGUGUGCCCGCCGUCUUCGUGUCCGCAUGGGCAGUUGUCAGGGCAACGCUGGCAGAUGCUCGAUGCUGGGAGCUAAGUGCAGGGAAUGUCAAAUGGAUCUACCAGGUUCCUAUUCUUACUGCCAUCGGACUCAACUUCAUCCUGUUUGUGAACAUCGUGCGCGUCUUGGCCACGAAGAUCCGCGAGACCAACGCCGGCCGCUACGACACCCGGAAGCAGUACAGGAAGCUGGCCAAGUCGACGCUGGUGUUGGUGCUGGUGUUCGGCGUUCACUACAUCGUGUUCGUGGGGAUGCCCCACACGGGAAAAGGGGUGGGAUGGGAGGUCAGGAUGUACUUCGAGCUCUUCUUCAACUCGUUCCAGGGCUUCUUUGUGUCCAUAAUCUACUGCUACUGUAAUGGCGAGGUCCAGACAGAGAUCCGCAAGAUGUGGACGCGCUGGAACCUGGCGUUCGACUGGAAGGACCCGGUGGUGUGCGCCAACUACCGCUACGGCUCGGUGCUGACCAGCCUGAACAACAGCACGGGCAGCCAGUCGCAGCUGCCCUCCGUGUCCCGCAGCACGGCGCUCUUCUCCAGCCGCGUGUACCUGAGCACCAGUGGCACCUGCGUGCUGGGCGCCCACGCCACGCUGCCCGGCUACGUCUUCAGCAGCUCGGACAUCGAGAGCCUGCCGCCGUCCAUCCCCGAGGAGCCCGAGGACAGCACCAAGCAGGUGGACGACAUCUCGCUGAAGGAGUCCUCGCCCGCGGCCUCCGCGGCCGCCGCCGUCGUGGCAACCAGCGUCACCGGGGCGACCGCGGCGGCGGUCUACCCGACACGGGCCGAGGACGUGGAGGAGUCUCUGUAG